CUUAGCCAACGCGUUUUAAACGAAUUAAGAUCCAUGUUAUAAUUCUGUUUUAUGGACUAUGGGAUUUAGUAGUAGUACUGCACGGUCAGUUAUGUCACGUUUCUUCAAUAAUUUGUGGAAGAAAUGCGCACCAUAUUCAUCUGAUCAUAGAAGAAAACCUACUGAUACAGAUCGAGAUGAAGCUAAAUGGGCGUUUCCAGAAGAAUUGUGUCGUCGGUUUUCACUCGCGGAGAUCAUAGCAGCAACUCAAAACUUCAAUGCUAGGUUAAGCUUGUCAUCUGAAGUUAAUGGCCUAAUAGAAGAGUUUUUGGUGUUUAAUCCCAUUGAAGUUCCGAAAACAGAAGACGGUAUUAAUGUUAGUGCUCGAGGGGUCUACAAAGGAUACACCAACCUCAACGGGGUAACUUCCACUGUAGCAAUCAAGCGCAUUCCCAGCACAAAGGGACGUGAGUUCAAGGCAGAGGUGCAGCUACUGUGCCAGUUGCGCCACCCCAAUGUCAUCUCCCUAAUCGGAUUCUGCCAAGACAAGGUAGGGUAUGCCAUUGUUUACGACUACAUGUCCAAUGGUUCCCUCUCUGAUUCUCUUUUCAAUCCUUAUAACGAUAAGAAUCCCUUGUCUUGGAAGCAAAGGCUGAAUAUCUGCAUUGGAGUGGCGCGCGCAAUACACUACCUUCACGCAGGGGUUAAACAUGCUGUCAUCCACCGAGACGUCAAAUGCGACAACAUACUUUUGGACCAAAACUUAGAGGCCAAGCUUUCUAACUUCCGGCUGUCGAAGAUGGGCCCUCCUUCUUUGUCAAAUGCCUUAAUCAGAUUGAACUCUGCUUCCGAGGUGUCAGGUACAGUCGGAUAUCUUGAUCCAGAGUAUCUUCUGUCUCGCCAGCUUACGGAAAAAUCUGAUGUCUUCUCGUUUGGAGUGGUGUUAUUCGAAGUUUUGUCUGCCAGUUUUGGAGCGAUGCCACGAAUAUAUAUGGUUUGCCCAGAUGAUAUUCUAGACCCAUUUCUCAUGGGAAAAAUAGCUCCCGAUUGUUUGUUAAAAUUUUUGGACAUCAUCCAAAGAUGCGUCCGCCCUACAGGAGCCCAACGGCCCACGAUGGGUGAAGUGGAGGUGGAACUUGAGCUUGCACUGGAGCUGCAGGAGAGAGCAGAUGCCGAAAAGGAGUUGAGGACAACUAGCACUCCUCUUGAUCAGCCUGCCGACUGUGCCUACGGUUAUGAAGGGAUAUCAGUUUCCGAAUUGAAUGAGACUUUCUCGUCCCUAUACAUGAGUAGACAGAGUCCAGUAGUUAGCCCAACCAGGUCUGCUGAUUUUUCAGUACUUUCUGAUGACGACGGUAGCUCUGAAUUCGAAUUUUCUGGCCGGUAAACAAUUAAAGAAUAUGCAGAAAAAUGCGAUGCUGUUGGAAAAAAAAAAAAAAAACCAUCGAAUGUAUAUUAGUCUUGUGUUUCUUGUAUUAGUUUAAUUGAAUUUCGCAUUGAAAUUGGGGUGUGGCUUCCUAGCUAGCUACCAGUCGUUGGGUAGGUUUGAAUGUUGAGUUUUAGGUUUGAUAUGAAUUUUUCAAGCUCUUCAAAUACAAUAUUCAGCGCAUCUGUCUGCUUUGAUAGUGCCAUUUACGA